UAAGUGGCUUGAAAGCAGUUAUUUUUAAAAUGUGAUCAAUGUACCAUUUUGAAGGAACGUGGCUGAACAGAAGCAGAAACAUGCUCCUUUAAAACUCAAAAAGUCUCGCCUUAAAGAGAUUUCUAUGAUCCUUUCUAUACUUUAGUGGUGCAUCGUGAAUUAAACACAAUCCCCCAAUUUGAGAACAGACAUGAGCUAAUCUGCGCUCGGAGGAGUUCGGGCCGCGCUCGGAAACCUUCGACUAUCACGUGACAUUGGAUAUGACGCAACGUUGUGGCGAGGCGUCCUUCAGUUGUGUCGCCAUCUUAUCGUCGUUCGACGGACGUUGUUGGAAUUAAUCCGCAGACUUUGUGGUUUCGGCGACAACUUCGGGACGCUCACUAAAUGUUCUGACGGACUAUUUGUUUGGAAGCCCGCCGGAGUGAGUGAUGGAGAGCGGCGCGGCGCGUGCCGACGCGUGCCGAGAGUACCAGUCUUCACUGGAGGACCUGACGUUCAACAGCAAGCCGCACAUCAACAUGUUGACCAUCCUGGCCGAGGAGAACCUCCACUUCGCCAAGGAUAUCGUGGCGAUUAUUGAAGCGCAGAUCAGCAAGGCGCCACCUGCGGAGAAGCUUCCAGUUUUGUACUUAGUGGAUUCCAUAGUGAAGAAUGUUGGAGGAGAGUACCUUGAAGUGUUUGCUAAAAACCUAAUCACCUCAUUUAUUUGUGUCUUUGAAAAGGUGGACGAAAACACGAGGAAGAGUCUGUUCAAGUUGCGCUCGACAUGGGACGAUGUGUUUCCUUUGAAGAAACUGUACGCCCUGGACAUACGUGUCCAGUCUCUGGACCCGGCAUGGCCCGUCAGGCCGCUGCCACCUCCCGUCAACGCCAUUCACGUCAAUCCCAAGUUUUUAAAGCAGUCUGAGGAGGUGAAUGUCCAGCAGCCAGCUGUCACUCAGCCAGCCACGCCUCCUGUCCCGGCCCUGCCUGCCAUGGGCCAGGCUGGUCUGACCCAGGAGCAGCUGAUCCGCCAGCAGUUGCUGGCCAAACAGAAGCAGCUUCUGGAGCUUCAGCAAAAGAAGAUCGAGCUGGAGCUGGAACAGACCAAAGCCCAGCUGGUAGGAGGUGGAUUUGUGUUGUCGUCAUCAACUCUGACUCCAGUCUCCACUACAUCUGGAUCAACCUCGACGCGGAAACCGGUGACUCAAACACCACCUGCGGUCAGACCCCGGAUCCCUCCUCAGACUGACAUCAGACCCCGGAUCCUGCCUCAGACUGACAUUAGGACAUCCGUUAGAGACCCUCGUCUCAACCGCUCGGCCACUCCAGCUCCUCCACAGCCCAAAGAACAACCUGCUGUUAGAAAAGACUGUCUCAGUGCAGUGAGUCCAAUUCGGAUGCCUGAGAAACGGGUGCCCGACAAGUUCACAAGGCCAGAUAAGGCCAGGACUCAGAAAAAAAUGUUGGAGGAGAAACCAAAGGCAAAGUCACUGUCACCAAUGAUGAAAAACAAGCAGACUAAGGGUGCACAUUUGGAAGCUGAGAAGCAAAAGUCAGAAGAUCCCACAAAGAAGGAUCCAAGGUUACGGAAACGCCAGCACCACAAGAUUGGAGAUGCCAAGACUGACGAGCCCAAGGAGCAGAAAAGAUGCAUUGACAAAAGUGACAAAGAGGAUGCUGUGCAAGGGGCGGAGCUUCAGCGGACCAACAAAGGGAAGCCAGUCAAUGGUUUGGUGCCUAAAUACAACCGGGAAGAGUCCAUUGACAGGAUUGAGUACAAAAGUGGCGGCAAUGCCCGGACCCACGUGAGGAGACGCACCCGAUCUCGAUCCAGGUCUCGCUCUCCCACCUCUUCUCCAAAGAGGAAGGACAGGAGGUCUCCCAAGAACAGAGCCGGGGGCAGCUCUGCGUCUCCGUCUCCUUUCCACAAGUCCAGUAAGGCCAAAAGGGCCCGCACUGAGGAACCACAACAUGGACCACCUCUCCGUGAGGACCGAUCAAAGAAGAAUCAAUCAGAGAACAGGAGGGCAAAAAGGCAGCCUGAGGACCGGCACUCGGACUCCAGAGACUCUCAUUCACCACGGAGCUAUGACGGCAUCAAGGAAACGAAGGAGCCGGCGCAUCGCUGGAGGAGUGGCUGGGAGGAAAACAAACAUCUGAAGCUGUCUGACGACUUCCACAUGAAGCCCGGACCACUGAGGCACAAACAGUACAACACACAAACACGUCCCACCACCCCCCGCAUGCCCAAGCACCGCCUCAGCGUGGAUGCCAACCUGCAGAUUCCAGAAGUCCUCAACUCUGCCUCCAAGAGGGAUCUGCUCCGGAGGGCCAGUAAGCGUCUGGAGAGCGGCGAGAUCUCUCAGGAGGACUUCCUCAACAUGGCGCACCAGCUCAAGCAUUUUUUCCAGUACCAGGAGGAGAAACAGCAUCAGGCCGAGAGCUGGGAUGGUCCCGGCAGUCAGCAUUUUCUCAACAAGAAACAGCCACUGCUGGCCACACCCCCUUCCGCUCAGCCACACCCCCUCGAAGGAAUGAACGAGGCGGAGCUCUCAUACUAUGAGCACAAGUCCAAGCUGAGGAAAACUCAGGUCAACCGCCGGCCAGCUGCUGAGGACUGGGAAGGUGAGGAAAAGCCAGAGGAUGGCGAGUCGGAGAAGGGUGAAAAGUCCAGAGGUCGUGGCGCUGCAUACGCUCAAUCAGAAACAUUCAGCCGGACACCCAGAGAACGGCAAGGGGAGACACGAAGUACAGAGAGCGAGGACCCUCUGCUGGGCCACACCCCCAUGGUCGAGGAAUACAACCAUGGCAAAGAGUUCCCCCCGCUGAAGUCAUUGCAGGGCCUCCACUUCAGGAGGAGAGCUGACCCCCGGGAGUCCAGUGACCGGGAGUGGAAUUCUCCUCUGACAGAGCGGCAGCAUUACAAUGCCGCUGAGGAGCAGAAGAGCGGCUACGACGCUCCGCGGCGGUAUGGCCAGCCUGCCGAUUCCAAACACCCCAACCCCCGACGUCAGGAGGGACCCUCACUGCCAGCUGCCACAGUCCAUAGGAGUUGUUCAAGUCCAGUCAGUCUGGACGCACCACCUCGUCACUCCCCAGUCCCCAGGUUUGAACGGGAACGUCUCUCACCGCUUCACCAAAAAGACUCUGCAGACAUGAGCCCCGUCCCACGGUUUGAGAGCCCAAACAGUGAACACUCGGACGAUGGGCCCCUGAACCUUGAAGCCCCCCCAACUCAUUCUCUGCCCCCCAAAUCCAUUCUCAAACAAGCCAGUGUAGGACCUCAGUCUUCUGUCAGACAACAUGAGAACUCCCCUGGACAAACGCCGCCUCAUGAAGGAGGUCAUCCUGCCUCCCGAUACGAUGGACCUGGUCAUAUGGGUACGUCCAGGACGCACCCCCCAGGGUGGUAUGAAGGUGGUGGCCUUGGUCCCUAUGAGGACGCCUCCUGUUACGAUAAACCUCACCAGCAGGGCCCAGGACCUGGGCUGUUUGAUGGCGGUGUACCAUCAUUGCCCAGUAUGCCAGACCGGUUUAAGGGGCUGCACGCAGCUCACGGACCCAUAAGAGGUGGAGAUGGCAUAGUGCGGUUUGAGGGUCCACCUCUUCCUCAGAACUCUGGCAGGUUUGAAGGUCCCAUUGUCCAGCAGCCACCUGUGAUGUUUGAUGGACAGGGACCCAGACCAGGCCAGUUUGAUGGCCCCAUGGUACGUUUUGAUGGACCAGUGCUCUUUGAAAACAACUUGGCACCUGCUCUUGGUGCUGGAUUAAUGGGCUUCCAGCAGCAACAGCGUCCUUUGCAUUUUGACGGCCCACCAAACCAGAUUGCCCCAAUGCGCUUUGAUGGCUCUGGUCCAAUACGAUACGAAGGCCCUGUACAGUCAGGUCCAAGGUACGAUGCACCUAACGUGCCCCUUCAGGGUGGGCCUCCUCGUUAUGACUGCCCCCCCAGUCAGCAGGUUCCCCCAAGGUUCGCUCCUCAACCCAGCAUGCAGCCGCCAAUAAGACAGAUGGCCCCGCCCAUCUAUGACACCCCCAUUCCCCCCCAACAGAACUUCCCUAUGGCCCCCCAACGUUUCACAGAGCCCCUGAACCCCGGGUUCUCUGCGGGGCAGAUGCCGUUCCCAGCGCAGCCGAAUGUGCAGCCGGGUGGAAACUUCAGCUUGCAGCCGGCACCACCAUUCACGCAGCCGGCACAGUUCUACAAUCCGGCAGUCAGCAUGCAGCAGCCGGUCACCAUGAUGACGACCCUCAGUGGACCCUUCCUGCCUCCGAACCCAGGGCCUUUCCCGCAGCAGAUGCCGCCGGUCGUUCCUCCAGAACACCACUUUGGUCAGCUUGAUGUAAACGACCUCUUCUCCAAACUCAUCUCCACGGGCAUCAUCAAACCGACCCAGCCAGACGCCACGCAGCCCGCCGACAGCGAGUCUCCGGUGGCGGCGGCUCCAGCAGCGCCGGCCAUGGAAGAGGAGGAAGAGGAGGAGCAGGAAGUGGAGGAGGAGGAUGACGUCCCAGACCUGACCAGCUUCAUCACCGAGGAGAUGAAAACACGUUACGAGAGCGUCAUCACCAAGCUGUACUCUGGGAACCAGUGCUGCCUGUGCAGCAUGCGCUUCACCGCCGCGCAGACCGACCUGUAUGCCGACCACCUGGACUGGCACUUCAGGCAGAACCACGCUGGCAAAGUCACCAGCAAGAAGAUCACGCACCGCCGCUGGUACUACUGCUUAGCGGACUGGAUCGAGUUUGAGGAGAUCGCUGACCUGGAGGAACGAGCCAAGAGUCAGUUCUUCGAGAAAGAGAACGAGGAGGAGGUCCAGAAGAACCAGGCAGCCGCCAAAGAGAAGCAGUUCCAGAGUGUCCAGGCCACCAAGGAUUGUGUGGGGGAGUCAUGUGAAAUCUGUCAGGAGGCGUUUGAGACGUACUGGGUGGAGGAGGAAGAGGAUUGGUUCCUGAAGAACGCCAUCAGGGUUGAUGACAAGCUUUUCCAUCCGGCUUGUUUUGAAGAUUAUCAAAACACGUCGUCAUACCUUGAUGUCACACCGUCGCCCAACAAGCUGCUGACAGAUCACCCGCUGAGUGACUUCAUAAAGAGUGAAGAUGAGGAGGAGGAGGAGGUGGCGCCCUGUGUGGAAGUCAAACAGGAAGCUCCGCCUGAGGGCGGGAACACUUGUGCUGUGAAAAAAGAGGAGGAGCCAGACAUUUGUAAAGAAGAUGGUGUCACAGCGCCACCUGCAGUCUAAAUUAAACCAUAGAAGCUGCCAUCGCUGCGCACUUCCUGUUUUGGAAGGUUUUUUGUUGUUGUUUAGUGGGCGGGACGGGGUCUUCGCCGUGGUUACGUGAAUACAUUUUUGUAUUUGGAUUGUGCCUGAAGAUUCCAGGCGUCUGUGAACGUGCACUGAAUGUUUGAAGAAAAGCUGUACAGGAUUUAAUUUAUAAAUUAAAGUAUUUUUGGUAUCUCUGGUCUAACGAUGAUUCAAUUGAUCGAUGGUUGUUUCAGGUGUUUGGUUUUCAUUCUGACAGGUAAGCGUCACCUGAUUGGACGGCUGAAGACGGGAUUUUCUUCAUCUUUUCCACAGAUUAAAAAAGUAAUUUUGCUUUGUUGAAUAAAAAUGAGUCUGAAACUUGGUUUGUGUUUGAUUCUCUGCGCUUUGCUUCAUUGGUGUUUAGGUUUAUGGAAAAAUAAAGUUUGACUGGAUUUAAA